AUGGGCCCUUCUCUGCGAGAUCACGGGUCCUUUGCGCGCCCAUCCACCCGGGAUCGGCCUACGACACGCGGCGAAGGGGAAAAUUCGCUGGUCGUUCCUAGCCGCACGUCGUCGCUGCACUCCCGCAUUACUCAACCUAUUCCGUCUACUCUCAGCGUCAAGCCCGCCCAGCGAACACCGAAAACACUCACACAUGCCUACAUGGUAUGUGGUGUUGGACGCGAACCCUCACAAUGGGUCAAGGCGCCUGCCCCCGAACAGGGUAAGAUCGGUCACAUGAAGGGAGCCGUCGGUCAGUUCUGGCUCCCCGAGAUUCUGGGCAGUAGUCCACGACUAGAGCAGGACAAUGAGAUCGCACGAGCCCUGCACUCAGCCAUGCGAGCAUGUUUCCCCCACGACGUGGAGAUUUGCACGGGCAAGACCCAACCUCACUGUGCACACCACGCGUUCGUGUUGCAGCAAGACUCUUCUCACACCCUGUACGGAAUCGCGCUGCGCGUCUGGUCCCGUGCCGAUGAGAAGCGCGCGGAGACCAUCCGCGAGCUGCGCAAGAAGACGGAGCCGGACUUCUACGACAACCCCGACGAAACUUAUUGGAUCCCAUACUGCCUGAGCUUUCUCUCGCGGUAUCCCCUUUACGAUCUAUUGGGUGACUACCUCCGUGGCAUGUGGAUCCACUGGAACAAGGCCACCAACCUGUUCCAUGCCGAAGAGGUUUCCCGCAUCCUCAGCUUCCCGGCCCCACGCCUCAACGACCUGGUUCGCAUUGACAUGAAGGAUUAUGCCUUGUGCUAUCAGUUCCCCUCCUCGCCCACCGGCUUCCAGAACUUUGCCAUGUGGCCAUUGUUCACUUGUCUAUCAAUCCCCAAUAUUGUUGGCGCGAUUGAGGCUGCCGUUUCGCCCACUCGCCGUAUCAUAUUCGUUAGUCACUAUCCCGCAAUGUUGACUGUCGCUGCCGAAACCAUUCGCUACUGCGUUCGCGUCUAUGAGUGGAGUGGCCUGUACGUGCCCGUGGUGCACGCGCGUCAUGUCAAGGAGCUGGUCCAGGAGCCAGGUCCCUACAUUUUGGGUGUCACUGCUGAGUGCCGCACCCUGUUCAAUGCUCCAUCCGAUGCUCUGGUGAUCGACCUGGACCGUAACUUUGUCCUCACCUCCAGUCCGCCUAAUGUGUUGAGCCAGGGUCAGCGCACCAAGUUCAUCAAUCGCAUGACCCAAUCCUUGAACGGCGAUGUGUCACCUUCAGGUGUUCCUGCUCACCUACGCACUGCUUAUGCUGGCGGAAAGCUCAUUCCCGCUGGCCAGAUUAUUGUCAUGAGAGGAGAGGUUGAAAGUGUCGAGGAGCCCCAAUGGUGGAACCAAGAUGCUGUUAUGGGUGUCAUGGACCAUGUGUGCGAGAAACUGGGCCGCAACACCGGUAUGAAGGCCAUCUUCGGUGGCUCAGUCAAGAAGCCUCUCAUGACUAAGGUUUCCAUGCGUCACCUCAACGAGAUUGUCCGUGAGCGCAACCAGUACUCUCGGGAUGCCAUGGAGGCUUGGCAAGACUUCAUCAACCUGAAGGGUAGAAUGGACACUGAGCUCAGCAAAGUCACCAAGCGCAACAACUUUUUGGUGGAAGAGCUCGAGACUUGGAAACAGCAGUUCCUUAAAUUCCAGGCCUUUGCUGAGCAGCUCACCAAGGAGACCUCGGAGCUCAAGGUCAAGAUCGAAAAUCACAAACGCGAAAACCGCCGCCUCACUGGUCUUAUUGACCAGCAGAAGGAUGAUGUGGCUCGUCUGACUCUGCGCUUAUCUGGCACUGAGAAACAGCGCGAUGAUGCCCUCGAGGCCCUGGUCCUCCAGCAGGAAAUCGCCGAGGAGCUUGAGCGUGAACGUAAGCGCAACCAGAAGGAGAUUUCCGCCCUUUCGCACACCAACGCGACCCUUUCUCGCGAGCGCGAAGAUGCCCAGCGUGUCGUCAUGCACUUGCGUAGCCUCAUCAAUGGCCAAAGUCACCACAUGGAACACAUCGUCCGCUCCAUCGGCAGCAGGUCAGAGAUCACCGAGAUAGUCGAACAGGGCUACGAAGAUGCACUCGAAGAGACCAAGGAAGAUGUUACCAUUGCCGAGAUGAAGGAAUUCAUCAAGUCAGCUAGGGAGGUCAAUGGUCACAAGACUCUGGUAAAUGACAUGAGCCCUGAUCUAGAGCAGCACUUGCUGAACAUCGGCAAGGAUCACAAGACCCUUGCUCGUCUUAGCAUCACCGAUGUCGCAGACCGCUAUCUACGCGACAAGACUGAUGCUAUUGCGGAUAUCAUCCGCAGCAUCAGCGACCAGUGUGCUGCUGCCGUCGAAGGCCUGCACUUGGCCCAGGAUGCCGCGGACGAGGACGAGACCGGGAUUUCCAAGCUAAGCCAGAACGGCCGCCUCGCUUCCGAAUACGACCCCCUUGAGGGCCGCUCUACACGCGCCCCUAGCGAGGUCAGCGACACCGACAACAGCUCUCUUCACCCGGACAACCGCCACUCCAGUAUCCCCCCGACUCCAGAUCUGGUUCACAACCGUUCUAGUACGUCUAUGUCCAUGGUCAGCAGCUCAACUUUCCCUGAGCGGUCAAGUCAGCAGUACGGCCCCGGCGAGACCCGGAUUGUCGAGGAUGACGAUGAGCGCGCUCAUGAGACUGAGAAUGUUGACGACCAGCAGACUGAGCGAGGUACUUUGUCCAAGCAGGGCAGCGAGGACCUCAUGCGGCCCAAUGCCGCACGAAUGAUCUUGUAG